GAUUUGUUGGCUCUCUGUCAGUGUGUUUCCCAGCAGCCUGCUGCGCUCACGGAUUACUCUCUAACAGUGCCUGGAUUAUGAGAGCAGGGGUUCUAAUGUUCACUAGAUACUGUCAAACACAUGGCUGUAGCAGAGUUCUCAGUGGACGGGUUGCUGCAGAAUUCCAGCUCUGAGUUGCAGGACAUGAUGAGACGUCUGGGCUCCAACUCAGAAGAUCGUUCUCGCCUCACUGCCGCCCUCUCCUGUCUCAAGAGUCCUAAUGAAACAGGAGGUGACCUGGGGCCUGACUCGGGCUCCUGCAGCUCUGACGCGAAACGGGACAGUGAUGCCUUCUCUCCCAUCAGCCCCUCCAUCCCCCUGCAGCCCACCAGCACCCACGGCCGCUCCAUCUCCAUAUCAGUGGUACCUUGUUCAGGUGCACAGAGACCCAGCAUAUCCACUGAGGACCCCUUCAUCCUGGAGCCAAGCACCCCUCCGGCCUCUCGAGGCUCAAAGACACGCACAGUGAAGACGUCCCACACACCACCGCCACCUUCUCGCAAGCUGCUGCAGCUCUUUCCCAACAUUGCACUGACAAGAAGCAAGAGCCAAGAGUCCCAGCUGGCUAACCGCAUCGAGCAGCCUGCUGCACACAGAGCCGGUAAGAACAACAAAGUGUUGGGUGCUAUUCAUAUCAACGGUUGUGGGACCAGCCAUGAGGACUCAGCGCUGCGCUCACCGCUGAUGUCUGCCUCGACACCAGGCCCGGUCCCCGCCUCAGCCCCGUACAUGAUGCCCGCCACCCCCACCCUGCUGGACAAUAUGACUAUGCACAGGAGUUCACCUCAGACAAUGAGGAGAGACAUUGGCCUGGCUGUUACUCACAGGUUCUCAACCAAGUCCUGGCUUUCACAGACAUGCCAAGUGUGUCGCAAGAGCAUGAUGUUCGGUGUCAAGUGCAAACACUGCAAGUUAAAGUGCCACAACAAAUGUACCAAAGAUGCUCCGUCAUGUCGGAUAUCAUUUCUCACAUUGCCAAGGAUGAGGAGGGCAGAGUCAGUGCCAUCAGAUAUCAAUAAUCGGAUUGACCACACAGCAGAGAUCCCACUGCAGUUUGGCACUUUACCAAAAGCAAUAACCAGAAGGGAGCCUCCCACCAGUUCAAACCAGCUGGACUCCAGCAGUAACCCGUCAUCAGCCACCUCCUCCACACCUUCUUCCCCAGCACACUUCCAACAGAAUAACCACCCGAGUGUCAGCGCCACACCUCCACCCAACCCGUCACCGCAGGGCUCCCGGGACGGCCGCUUCCACUUCCCAGAUGUUCCUGCUUCAACAUAUACUGCUGGUCAACAUGUUGGCAGCUACUAUGAUUCUGGAGUGUCACAGGUGGCUGUCACUGACCCACAGCUAACAGCAGCAGAGCAAGGAGGGGAGCAGGAGCCAGAGGAAGACUACCCACCUGAGAAUGAGGAAGCAGCUGACCAGAGCAGCAGAACAAAGAGCUUUUCCACUGAGGAAGGUGAUGAGGAUGGGCUGGAGGACCUUCCUUCUUCCAUAUGCCGUCGUGGGGCCGUUGGUCGCUGGAGGGGCCCCCUCUCUCGUAAGGUCAGCCAGACCAGCGUCUAUCUGCAGGAGUGGGACAUCCCGUAUGAGCAGCUGGAGCUGGGAGACCUUAUUGGCAAGGGUCGCUGGGGGAAGGUACACAAGGGUCGCUGGCAUGGUGAGGUGGCCAUUCGACUUCUGGAGAUUGACGGAAACAACCAGGAUCACCUGAAGGUCUUCAAGAAGGAGGUGAUGAACUACAGGCAGACCAGGCACGAAAACGUGGUCCUGUUUAUGGGCGCCUGCAUGGCUCCGCCCCACCUCGCCAUCAUCACCAGUUUCUGUAAAGGUGUGACUCUGUACUCUGUUGUAAGAGAAAGAGGUCACAUGCUGGAUAUCAAUAAAACCAGGCAGAUCGCACAGGAAAUCAUAAAGGGGAUGGGCUAUCUGCAUGCCAAAGGCAUCAUUCACAAGGAUCUGAAGUCUAAAAACGUGUUCUAUGACAAAAACAAAGUGGUCAUUACAGACUUUGGCCUGUUUGGGAUGUCUGGAGUGGUACAAGAAGGCAGAAGAAAGAAUGUGUUGCGGAUCCCUCGGGGCUGGAUCUACUACCUGGCUCCAGAGAUAGUUCGAAAAAUGAGCCCAGAAGAUGAGGACCGGCUGCCUUUCUCCAACGCUGCUGACGUCUAUGCAUUUGGAACAAUCUGGUAUGAGCUGCAGGUCGGAGAAUGGCCAAUCACCAACCAGCCUGUGGAAGCUAAAAUCUGGCUGAUGGGCAGCAGCGAGGGCAUUAAGAAGGUGCUGGCAGAUGCCAACCUGGGCAAGGAGGUCACGGAGAUCCUGUCUGCAUGCUGGUCCUCUGAGCCGGACGAACGUCCCACUUUUACCCAGCUGGCAGACAUGCUGGAGAAGCUCCCCAAACUGAACCGCCGGCUGUCUCACCCAGGACACUGGAAGACUGAGUAUGUAUCAUAGAGAGAGAAUCUAUUCAUGAUCCAGGGUGGACCAGUCUACAACAACAUUUACACCAACAUCAAAAGGAGAGUCGACAACAUUUUAUGUAGACGAUAAACAUCUAUAUUCAUGAUGUGUAACCAUAACUCAAUAUACUAUCAGUCAGCUGGAACAUGUUGUAAAUACGAUUUUGUAAAGAAAUGUGAAUAUUAUGAAGCUGCCUUGCUGAGUAUCAAGUAAUGUACAUGGCUUUUUCUAAAGUGACUUCUAGUUUGUAUAUUGAAGAAAAAAUUCUACUCACAUUUUGUUGUACCUAUAGAUGGAGUUGCUGCUCCCUCUGUGCUUUGUUCCUAUUUUCUUCCACAUAUUUUAACUGUGUUCUCACAGUUAGCAGCAACAUCCUGUCUUGAGUUUCUGAGUUUCACCCUUCCUUUUUUCCUCUCUGUGAUUUCCUCUCCUCUGGGUGCCGAAUGAUCCACCUCUGCCUGUUCCUGUUCUGAUCUCCACGGUCUCCUUUCCAUCCCACGUUUCACCUUGGGCUAUGUCUCCUGUCUCUGUAUGUGCACACUUGUUUCCUACCACUCUUUAUUUCUGUCUCAUCCUUGUUGUGCUCCUGGUGAAGGCCAUGGGAUCAGCAUCUGUGUCUGAGAGAUCACUGCCAUCAGGCUCUACAUGAACACUGUCCUUACAUGUCCAAAUACAGCAGCUAGGGGUGCUACGGUACUUUUUAAAAACUGAAACUGUAUCUGGAUGUGACUCUUGGCUUGAGUGAAUACUGACAACAUCAUUGAAUGGAACCAUUUCCACCUGGUGUUAACAUGUGAUCUGUAUCUGUAUUGAUAAUCAUAUGUCAGCUCAUCUGAAGGGAUGUAGCUUUCCAGAGUGAUACUAGGAGAGGGUCAUGUGAUUAAUAGAGCUGCUCUUUCUUACGCGAAUGUAACUUAAAAUGUAAGAAAAAUGGUAGCACACUUCAGAUAUCAUGUCAUAUCAUGUAAAUGCCGUUAACGCCACAUUAGCUGCUAUUGAAACAACAUUAUCUCCAUUUGUGUCUUUUUCUCCAUUCUCCGUUUUUACAUUUCUAACCACAAGCUGUGGACGCUCUCUGUGAAUGUACAUGUGUUUAUAUCUGUAUGUGACACUGAUUCAUCUUCAGCACAGGAAGGCUGCUGGUUUCAGCUGAUACAAGGCUACAACUCCUUAUUAUUAGAGAGGUAAAAUAACAUUAACUCCAACACAAAGUCAACAUUUCAAGGGAAAUUUUCAGGGAAAUUUAUAUUAUUAUAUUACAUUAUAUUUCAAUGCCUUUACUGCUGUCUGUCUAUGCAGAUUUUUAUUAUUCCAAGGCUUUGAGAUACUGUAUCUGUUUCUAAGACGCCUCCAUUCACUGUGGGCAGCUUUUAUUGGAACUUGUUCCUGUAAUCUCUCUAGCUGCAUAUCUCAACAAAUAUUGGAUGGAUGGCCAUGAAAUAUCUUUCAGACAUUUAUGGUCCCAGAUGAAAUAUUGGAUUAACUUGUUGGUGAUUGUCUGACUUUUCAUCUAGCAUCAUCACUGACUUAAAUUCCAGUUUUUACAGUACAGUGCAGCAAAUGUUAGCAUGCAAACACACAAAACUAACAUACUGGCUGUACUGAGUGUAUUGUGAUAAUUGUCCAAGAUAGAGAUGGCCCAACCUGGACAAAUAAAAAGCAACAGCUGCAUUGAGAUGAUGAAAAUACUGGAAAUAAUGCUGUAUAAAAACCACAGACAUGUGUCUGUCCUGCGUGCACUCUUGCACUGAAUCAUGUGAACUGUGUGUGUGUGUGUGUGUGUGUGUGUGUGUGUGUUUGCUUGGUGAAUGCAAUGGGCUUCACCAGCAUGAUCAUAAACACGAUCAAAUAUUGAUCUCAUACAUAUAUGUAUAUACAGUGCUGGAGGUUGUAUUUAAUAUUCAGUGUUUGCACAAGGGCUUUAGUUUUAGAGCAUUUAUUUGGUACUUCAGUCAGAUAUGUUUAUAGAUUUUAGACACUGUUUAAACUGUUGAAAGGAUGGUGUUUCUUUUCUUUUUCUUUUUGAGGGUUGAGGUUUUAACUGUAGAGUAUUUUUGUACAGAGUUUAUUGAUACUUUGUAAGCUUCUGCUCUGAACAACUGAAGAUAUUAAAGCUGAUAUCCAGUGA